AAAUGGAGAAACGAACAAGCGUGGAAAGACAAAGCUGAAAAAAACAUGGAAUCUUCCAAAAGGGCAGAGAAUUGUGGUCAAGUGCAAUGAUCUGAAUCAGCCAAUUGGAAAAGAAGCUGGGCGUCUAGGUUACUUUCUGGGCACAGUUGCUAGGAAUGGGAAAUUGUGUAGCUUAAGCUACACGGACUGGAGAAAACUAAUAGGAGAGAGAGAUAAGAAAAAUGAACAAAAAAUAAAAAGGAUAUAUUGGGGCAAGUAAAGAUGAGGUUUCUUUAUCCCCCUCGAUUGGAGAAGUAUAUAUUAAAAACAAUUGGAGAAAGAUGGAGGCAACAUAAGUCAAAUCUAAAAGCCCUCUUUUUUGAUGCAACCAAGAGCAUGGAAGCCAACAACACCAAUGUUCCAAAGGGUGUGAUUAAAGACCAGUGGAUUUCUCUUGUUACUAAUUGGAUGAGCCAAAAGGCACAGGUUGAAUUGAAGAAGACUUUAGCCAAGAGGCCAGAUUUAGCAGACACGAGUAAAGGAACAGCUUGGAAAGGAGAUGCCUUGAAUACAAUACUAGGAGUAGACAAGCCUGGACAUGUACACGGAUUGGGACUAGUCCCAAAUCCUAAUCAAGUCUUUGGUGUAUCAUCUUCAGGGUUCUUUGGGUCAGAUAUCUACAUCCCAAGAUCCUCUUGGUAUUGCUCACACAAACUCAAAAAGGAAAAGAGUAUAUGGUGAUCUUCAUAGACAACAACUUGGUACAGUUGGAAAGGAGAACAAUGUGAUGAGAAAGGAAAACUUUCUAAAUGAUAUGGAGAUGCAAGCACCAAAGAAAUGUCCCGCUACACAUAAGAACAAAGAAACGGUGCUGCAAGAUGAAAAUGUGCUACCUACGAAAGAAACUGCUAGCGUAGGAAAGGACAUAGACAUUGAUCCCCGACACAACGGCACACGUUUUAAAGUUUCACCUGCACACAUGCCUGGUGGUCGUAACACGAACAUCCCAAAACGGGCUACUGCAACAAAGCAUGUGAAUAACAAAGAAACUUGGGUCCAUGAAGAAAAUGUCCGACCAAGGAAGGAAAGUGCUAGUGCAGAAAAGAUAUCAAAAGUGGCUAGUGCAACAAAGCAAGCUAAUAAACAACAAGGCAGUACGGUGACUGGAUCAGAUGCCAACUCCAUAGAUGUUGGCGCUAUAGUAUUUUUGAAGAGUUUGGAAAAUCCGAAUAAGAAUGUUGCUCUUGCUACACUCCAAAGUAGCGACCCAGAAUAUGCAGUUGAUGGCGUUAAACUUGGAAAUCAGUUCUGGGCAGUGUGUGUUGAUGCUACAUUAGCAAAAUCCGAUGAGUUGAUACGACCACUCAAAAAGGUCAAGAUUAUUGGUCAUGCAGCAACAUUAACUAUCGCAUGGCCUUCAACCUUUGUAUGUUACCCUCUUGUAAAGUUUACCCCUCUAAACUUUUACUACUUUAUAAACCUGAUUCUUUUUCUUUACUGGUCUCAAUUUUUUCUUGUAGAUUUUCAAGAUAAAUUGAUGAUGCAUGCCGAAGGGGCCGAGCUGCCCAAGACAUUGAAGAACGCGAAUUUGGACGGGGUGAGCGAUACGCGUCUAGUGAGAGAGGACUUCGUGCAGCAGCGGAGCACCGGUGGCGGUGUCACGGGUGCUACGGCCGCAGGCUACGGCUCCACGGGUGCAAUGGCCACCGGCACCGGUGUGGUCUUCGUGUGGAAGAAGAGCAGCAACUUUGGUGUACCGGUGUCCUAG